AUGGAUUUCUCGGCCUCCUACGGCUCUCUCAAGGAGGCAGAAGCCGGCCUGAAGGCGCAGGCCCACGCCUUGGGCUUUGAUCUAGCCGUCAAAGAGCGAUUCCCUCGCGGCGCUGCGGCCGAGGAGGUGACCCGGGUCAACUACCGGUGCGCCAAAGGCCGGUCGCACGCACCAAAGAACGACGAAGUUAUUCACACCACCAAGGGACGCAAAACGAGCUCCCAGAUGACGGCUUGCGGUUACAAGAUCAACCUCAAGCUUACAGACUGGCGAGCAGGUACGCGGCCAUCGCAGAUCAUGGCCAAUUUGCGCGAGGCCGGAGACGCCGUGGAGUUCAGCUACCAGGACCUCGCCAACCUGUUGCAUGCAUGCCGCCGGGAAGAGCUCAAUGGUCGUACGCCGAUCCAGUGGCUCUACGAGGCCUUACGCAAGUCGUUCUCGAUCGCGGCUGUAUUCAUCAAUGCAGAGAAGGAGGAACAGUAUACGUGGGCGUUGCAGGCGCUGCGAGAGUUCUUGACCGAAGAGGACCUCCCUCUCCCAAAGCUGAUCGUCACCGACCGAGAGUUGGCCUUAAUCAACGCGCUUAAACGCCAUGAAGCCUUCACGUUGGUCCCUCGACUCCUCUGCAGGUGGCACGUUAAUAUGAACGUGCUAGCUAAAGAGCUCCUCGUCGAUGCGUGGGUCAACAAAAUAUUGCACUUCGGCAACCGCACUACCUCGAUCGUUGAGUCACUGCACGCGGGCAUGAAGAGGUUUAUCAGCAGCGCCGGCGGCGAUCUAGCCACAGUCUUCCGGAAGCUGAAGGCAUAUUGGCGCAAUCAGGCAGCGGAUAUUGCCCUCGCACGCAACCAGGCGAUGAACAAGGUGCCGUUCGGGCUCAGCGACCUACUCUACGGCGACGUCAAAAGUGCAGUAGUGCCUCAUGCCCUACGCGCAUGCGAAAAAGAGGUCGCCGCUAUCGAGAAGCAGCCUCGUGCAGGCCGUUGGGAUCUAGGACCGCCGGAGCCUUGCACUUGCAGUAUCACGACCUCUCACGGCCUGCCCUGCCGCCACGCCCUUUUCCUCUGCCUCCGAAACUCCGAGCCGCUCAGCAUCGCCCAAUUUGAUCCGUAUUGGCGCUGGGACCGCACCGCGAUACCUUCACUCUCGGCAUCACCUUCACGCGCCCAGAGACCGCUUGAUCCCGCUGUCGUGCGAGGUAAAGGUCGCCCGCGCGGGUUGGUGGCCACAGACAAGUCCACCAAGCGACUGCCUAGCGCCCACGAGAUCACGGAGGCCGAGGAGCGACGAGAGGCACUGCCGCCGCCUUCCACGGCACCAGCGCGCCUGAACAAGCCGGCUGUACCGGCGGAUGAUCCCUACGAGGCCGGCACCGCGAUGCCAAGGCGGUCCGGGCAGUGGAUGGCUCGGCUCGAGUCUGUUGAUGAUCAGGAGGCCGAGUUUGAUCUGAUUCCUACUAAUUUCGAGGGUAAAUUCGAUGAAAAGGUGGCCGAGGCCGAGGCGACGGCUCGGCAGGCUACACAGGAUGCCCAGGAAUCGACGGCGUUCUGA